AUGCGUAGAAACAAACUCCGACUAGAGGAAGACACGGUCCCAUUGGCAAAGAUCAGUUCUAUGGGUUGUGAAGGUCUUCAGGAGUACCAACAACUGUGUCCAAUCCACACCAAGAUCCUAUGCACAACGAGGUCAGUCAGAUGGCAUCCUACAUUGUCAGGUCUACUUAAAGUUAACUUUGAUGGAGCACUCUUUGCAGAAGAAAACAAGGUUGGCCUUGGUAUUAUAAUCUGUAAUGAUGACGGAUUGGUUAUAGCAGCUUUAACACAACAAAUUCCACUACCUACUUCAGUAGAGAUGGUGGAAGUGCUAGCAGCGUGCCGAGCUCUUUGGUUUGCAAAGGAGUUGGGUUUUCGAAGAUUGAUAGUUGAAGGUGAUUUAGAAGUCAUUAUUAGCUCAAUCAAUUGA